CAGAGCUGCGCAUGUGCCAAUUAUUUUGACACCGGAAGUAAAGCACAUGCGUAACCAAGAUGCUGUGGAGACCUUGAAAACAACACACAUGUGCACAAAUUCUAUUGUUUAACUAUGGCAAGGAGGCUUAUAUACCCUCUCUACCAGUAUGGGAACCCCCAGUUGAGGAUCUUCCGCCCUAAUUGGUUCCUCACUCUUGUCAGGCCUGGCAAGGAGCAGCCACCAGACACUGUUCAGUUCCGAGUGCCCUUGGAGAUGACCAAGUUUGACGUAAGGAACUACCUUCAGAAGAUCUACAAUGUGCCAGUAGCCACUGUCCGCACCAGGAUCCAGUUUGGCUCCAACAAGAAGAGGAAUCACCUGAACCAGCGAGUGAAGAAGCCAGACUACAAAGUAGCCUACGUCCAGCUGGGCCAGGAGCAGACAUUUGAGUUCCCCAACAUCUUCCCGGAGAAGGACGCCAAGUCGGCCGAGGGCUCCAUCGAGGAGAUGCAGGAGCAGUUCAUGGAAGACGAGAAGCAGCGGCAGAAGCCCGACCCACGAAGGGGCGGUGUGACCGAGUGGUUUGGCCUCUGAAGAGACUGCAUUCUCCUCUGUUAGAAUGUUUAUGCGUGCGUGUGUGUGUGCGUGUGUGUGUGUGCGUGCGUGCGUGCGUGUGUGUGUGUGUGUGUGUGGAGACCAGGAGCUGCGUCACCUCACUAGACCCCACAUGUGGCUCUGGAAUCGCUGCAGAGGGUCCAGAGCAUUGGAUCCAGCUGCCCAUCUCUCCCGGGGCCAGAUGCCCUCCCCUGUCUCUUUCCUCUCUCCAUCUCUCUCUCCAUCUCUCUCUCCAUCCCCCCUUUUCCCUUCCCUCACUCAUUUAUUUAUUUUCCCGUCAUUUGCUCAUCACAAUGUCCUCUACCUAGUAUUUUUCUCUCCCUCUCUCGUUCUUUCUCUCUCUCUCUUUCUUUCUUUUUUUCUUUCUUUCUUUCUCUCUCUCUCCCUCUCUCUCUCUCUCUCUCCCCCCCACACACACACCCCCAUCGAGGCCUCUGCGUAUGCGUGUGUCAUUAGCAGUGCCAGUGGAGUGGUCAGUCUAGGAAGAAGUCCAGCAAACCCACAUUCAAUCCAUCACCCUCCUCCCACAGGCCCACCAUCAGUGACGGGAGAGACUGGAAUGGAUGUCCUCACGUGGAGCGCCUCGAUGCUUUGUACUCGCUCAAACAAAGGAAACUUCUGUUAAACAUCAUUCCUUUCUGAGGAGGAUGGAUAUGUUGCAGCUUUUCUAAUAAAAAGAAAACAUUGUAAAUAUCA